AUGGCCCGCUUCCAGGGACUCGACUCGUCCGACCUGUUCCGCUUCGACACCCUCGCCCUGCGCGACGACAUUCUGCUGGCUGACGACAAAUCCGCCUCCAAGGUCGAGUACGACGAGUACGUCGUCUUCAAGAAGGACAAUGGCAUCCCCUCGGGCAUGAAGACCGAGCUCGAGGGCGACCAGGACAUCAGCUUCCAGCUCCAGCACAAGGACGACGUGCCGGGCCACCGCACCCUCGACCUCGCCUUUCGCCGCGGGUACUCGGUGGACCACAAUGGAGUCUUUACCCAGGAACCGGUUCGGCAUCCGGAGCUGGUGUUGGAUGGGCGCGUUCGACGAGUCCGUAGCAUCUGCUUCCGCCGCAACAAGUCGUUCGACCGCCGUGAAGACGGCAUCACCAUGACCCCCGAUGACCUGGACGCCAUGGAUCUGCAUCCGGCCACCCUCCAGUACUCCCGACGGGUCACCAACGAGUCCCGCUUCUGGUCCCUUGACCGUUCCAAGCUGAGCCUCAUCCUCUCCUUCUCCAAGAACCCCAGGACGCCGUACGACUUCCUAUCCAUGACUUACGACGUACGCAACCGCACCUCUUCCGUCCUCGUGAGGCAGUCCUUCCACCCGCGCCAGCACAGCCUCGAGAACCUCGACGAGUACGACCAGCGCCUCGAGGCCUGCCGCGCCCACUGGGCCCAUCCUUUCAUCACCCCCGUCGUCCUGCUGCAGGUCCAGUUCAUGCGCACCGAAGAGGCCGUCAUGGAGAACAUCAACCACGUCAAGUCCCUUGAGUGGGAGGUCAGCAGCAUCGCCGGCUUCGAGGCCUUUGAGAUGGAGCGCGAGCGCCGGUCCAAGCUCAUGCGCCGCCUGACCUUCGGCACCCAGAACGAAAAGGUGCCCCAGGUCGCCGGCCCCAUGAGCAUGGCGAACCUGAUGAAGAGCGCCCACGACGUGCUCAAGGAGUCCAUCAAGCUGCUCGACACUGUCCGCUGGAUGGAGAGGGUCGUCAAGCUGAUGCUGCAGGCCGGCGACGAGCUGGCCGAGCGCAUGUCGACGGGCGAGCUGAAGAUCCGCCUGGACGAUUUCCAUGUCAGGGACACCGACGCCGACCGGCGCGACGAACAGGAGCAGCAGGUCCAGCCAGAUGAACCGCCGACGGGACCGCCCUCGCGCUCGUCCCAGAGCACGCACAGGCGGUCACUGCCGCCCGCCCCCGACCCGCUCGCCGAUCCUCUUGGGAACCACUGGCAUGAGAUCCGCCAGUACCUUGAGGGUCUACAGAGAAUGUGCAUGGGCCUCGAGACCGACCGCCGUAUGUCAGAGGCCCGAUGCCGCGCUCAAAUCGACAUUAUCUACAGUAAGAUGGCUCAAGAAGACAACGUGCUCAAUGCCCGCAUGGCCGUCGCCUCGUCGCGCGAUUCCUCCUCGAUGAAGGCCCUCGCCGUCAUCACCGCCAUAUUCCUACCCGGCGAGUUCCUCGGAACCCUCUUCGGCAUGUCCAUGUUCGACUGGCAGGCCUCGGGCGAGGACGCUGCAGGUGACAACGCCGCCGGCGCCGUCUUGAACCCGGAGCCCGGCACGUCGACGAACCCCAAGGACCCGAUCCCCGUGCUGAGCCACCUGUUCUGGGUCUACUGGGCGACCGUCAUCCCGCUCACCGUCGGCAUCCUCGUCGCCUGGCGCGCAUGGUGGGUCAACCAGGACCGCUACUUCCGGCGGCACCUGUCGCGGGAGCUGUCCGAGGAGCGCUAUUGGACCGCCGACGGCAAGCCGCGCGAGCUGGAGCACUCGUUCUGGUGGGACUUCUUCUACCUGUCAGUGCGCCGCGACGAGCCGCCGGCGCCCGUGAGCGACCCCUUCGGCACGCUCGAGCUGUCGACGACCAUGUCGCAGGACAAGGAUGAGCUGCGGUCGCCGCGUGGGGAGACGACGGUCCGGAGGGGCCAGAUUUCGUUCCUCCGGUCGCAGAGCAUCCGACAGCGGAACGCGGUUGCCGUGUAA